UCUCUUGUGAGUGAAAAAGCCCCCAAAUCCUCUCGACGAUCAACCUAACCCUAGAAACACCCAAUCGAUUCGAUUCGUUCUCUUCGAAGAAUUUCUUUGAUCCCGUGAUUGAUUGGUUUAGGGUUUGAAUCGAUCGUGGUCGUCGACCCUCGGUGAUGUCGUCGGCGGGGGCGGGACAGCAGCAGUUCAGGUACACGCAGACUCCGUCGAAGGUUCUUCACCUGAGGAACCUUCCAUGGGAGUGCGCUGAGGAGGAGCUCGUCGAGCUCUGCAAACCCUUUGGCAAGAUCGUCAACACCAAGUGCAACGUUGGAGCCAACCGCAACCAGGCCUUUGUAGAAUUUGCUGAUCUAAAUCAGGCAAUUUCAAUGGUGUCAUAUUAUGCUUCCUCAUCCGAACCUGCCCAAGUGCGCGGAAAAACUGUUUAUAUUCAGUAUUCCAAUAGGCAAGAAAUUGUCAACAACAAGAGUUCUGGUGAUGUUGUUGGUAAUGUCUUGCUUGUUACUAUUGAAGGUGUUGAAGCUGGUGAUGUCAGCAUUGAUGUUAUCCAUUUGGUGUUCUCUGCUUUCGGGUUUGUUCACAAAAUUGCAACAUUUGAAAAGGCUGCUGGUUUUCAGGCAUUGAUACAGUUCAGUGAUUCAGGAACUGCCUCUGAAGCAAGAAAUGCUUUGGAUGGAAGAAGUAUUCCAAGGUACCUUCUGCCAGAGCAUGUAACUUCUUGUCUGUUGCGUAUCUCAUUUUCUGCUCAUACCGACUUGAAUAUCAAGUUUCAAUCACAUCGCAGCAGGGAUUACACUAACCCUUAUCUUCCUGUGAACCCUUCUGCAAUUGAUGGUACUCUGCAGCCCACAUUAGGUCCUGAUGGAAAGAAAAAAGAGCCCGAGAGUAAUGUGCUUCUUGCCUCCAUUGAAAACAUGCAAUAUGCUGUGACAGUUGAUGUUCUUCACACUGUUUUUUCGGCAUUUGGCACUGUCCAGAAAAUUGCAAUAUUUGAGAAGAACGGCGGAAUGCAAGCUUUGAUUCAGUAUCCUGAUGUGGCCACAGCAGCAAUUGCUAAAGAUUCAUUAGAGGGACAUUGCAUCUAUGAUGGUGGCUACUGUAAGCUUCAUCUGUCAUACUCUCGUCAUACUGAUCUCAAUGUUAAGGCACAUAGCGAUAAAAGCAGAGACUACACAGUACAAGAUGCAGGCAUCCUUGCGGUUCCACAAGCCCCCGGAGUUCCAACAGUUGGCACUGGAUGGCAGGGUAGUUCUCAAAUGUUUGCUGGUCCGCAAGCACCAGCUACUAGUAGCCAAAUUCCAGGUUGGGAUCCAAGCAGUCAUUCAUAUGUCUCAGCUCCCGUCACAUACCCUGGUCAGACAUCUGCGCCAUCCGUGCCUCCAUAUCCUGGUGCAGGAGCGAUCCCUACGGUAGCAGCCGCAUCACCUACGGCUUCUCAGUUGAUAUCUCAGUACGGUAUGCAACCAACUGGCCAACAUAGCAGUGGAACAGGUGCCGCCCAGCCUCCGUAUUAUUAAGAGAUAAGUACCGACAGACCUUUUAUUUUUCUCAUCCCUUGGCGCGGACAGGAGCAUUUGAUUCUAUUAUCUCCAGUCUGCAUUUCCUGUUGGCGUGUCUGUUAUGCUUUCUUGACAUUGAAUCUGUCAAAUACCUGAUCUCAUUCGGCUGUUAUGUUUUCUAGCCCAUUAGCAGAGCCCCAGUGGUUUCAAGCUGAAGCAGUUUUUGUCAAGAAAGCCUAUGCUUUUCUAAUUUUCCAAUGUACUAGGCAAUUCAUUUUCAGGUGUAUUCCAUCAAACAGUUAUCUUGCUUAAGAAAACCAGUAAAAAGUUUAAUUUUGUGUCUA